UUACUCACUCACUGGAGAGGCAUCCAUUCACUGUACAGCUAAAGAUAACAUCAGUGGAGUCUGGAAUGGGUCUGCCCCUGAAUGCAAAGAUUGAGUUUUGCUGAGCUGCCUGGGGUAGUGAACAAUUCCUAUCCUGUUGGGACCGAACUGAAAUACUCCUGUCGCCCAGGAUAUAUUUUGGUCCCUGGAAGGUCUCCUGUAGUUACAUGUCUUGCAAAUUCAACAUGGUCAGUAGACCCUGAGUUUUGUUUUGGUCAGUGUGGGCCCAACCAAAGGCUCCAUCAUGUCGUCCAUGAUACUAAUCUCAUAGGAGGCUUCACUACCAACAGAGAAGUGAUAUGUUCUGCGCUGAACACUGCUGGCAACUCUGCUGAGCCUGAAGGUGGAGGGCCUGGCUUUGAUACACGCAUUGGCAUUCCCGCCAUCGCCAUUGCCUUCGCCAUUAGUGUUAUCAUCAUCGUUUAUAUUCGAAAAUACCAAAAGAAAAAAUGUUCUUACAGUGUAAAUCGGGAUUCCUCAAAGCAUCAAAUUACCAUGGAACACGAUUUCCAUAUGAAUGAAUCAAAACGUAAUUUGAUCUUCAAAGCGCCGGGCCAGGGGAAGUGGCGCCGGGCCGCCAGGGGGCAGAGCCGGGAUGUGCGUGCCCGUGCGGCGAUGGGCGGGGCAGCCCGGGGAGCGGCGGGGAAUGCGGGGGCAGCGGCAGGAGCCCGGGCACUAGUCCCGCUCGCGCCCCCGGCUCAGCCAGCACCGGACAGCGAACGCCCAGCUGCCACACAGGCCCCGCCCCCCGCGGGCUCACCUGUCGGCAGGCGCCGGGGCCGGUUGUUGAGUCAGAGCUGCGGGUUGGGUCUUAGAGGUGACAUCGUCCUGGGUCCGCUCCGCCGCCGCUUUCACCUCGCGACUCUUCCCACCGGCCCCGCCAUGGUCUCGGCUCCGCGCUGCCCGCCCGGCGCCCGGGGGCUCCUGGCGCUGCUGCUGCUGCUGCUGCCGCCCCUGCCUGGGGCUCGCGGCACUUGUGAUUCUCCUCCACGUUUGAGUUUUGCUGAGCUGCCUGGGGCAGUGAACAAUUCCUAUCCUGUUGACACCAAACUGAAAUACUCCUGUCGCCCAGGAUACAUUUUGGGCUCUGGAAAGUCUCCUUUUGUUACAUGUCUUGCAAAUUCAACAUGGUCAGCAGACCCCGAGUUUUGUGUAGGAAGACCAUGUAAAUCACUGGAACUAGAAAAUGGCAGAGUUCAUUUAACUGAUAUCCGGUUUGGUGCAACAGCAACCUUCUCCUGUAAUGAAGGGUCCAGACUAAUUGGAACAACUUCUGCCAAAUGUGUGGUUGCAGGAACUGGAGUUGAUUGGGAUAAGGAGCUUCCACUUUGCCAAGCAAUACCUUGUCUUCCACCUCCUGAUAUCACCCAUGGAUCCCAUACUGGUCAGGGUGAACAAGAGUUUUCCUUUGGCUCAGCAGUAAUUUACAAAUGUGACCAGGGCUUCUCCCUUAUUGGAAAUGCCUCCAUUCAUUGUACAACGAAAGAUAAUAAUGGAGAGUGGAGUGGGCCUGCCCCUGAAUGCAAAGUGGUCAGGUGUCCAGAGCCUGAAGUCAAAAAUGGAAAAAAGCAAUCUGGGUUUGGACUUGACUAUUCAUAUGGAAAUGUCGUAAUAUUUGAAUGUGAUUCUGGCUACACUCUGACUGGUAGCAGUUCUGUUAAAUGUGAAGCUAACAAUUCAUGGGUUCCAUCUUUGCCCACCUGUCUACGCACUUGUAAUUCUCCUCCAUGGUUGAAUUUUGCUGAGCUGCCUGGGGCAGUGAACGAUCCCUAUCUUGUUGGGACCAAACUGAAAUACUCCUGUCGCCCAGGAUACAUUUUGGGCUCUGGAAAGUCUCCUUUUGUUACAUGUCUUGCAAAUUCAACAUGGUCUGUAGACCCCGAGUUUUGUGUAGGAAGACCAUGUAAACCACUGGAACUAGAAAAUGGCAGGGUUGAUUUAACUGAUCUCCGGUUUGGUGCAACAGCAACCUUCUCCUGUAAUGAAGGGUACAGAUUAAUUGGAACGACUUCUGCCAAAUGUGUGGUUGCAGGAACUGGAGUUGAUUGGGAUAAGGAGCUUCCACUUUGCCAAGCAAUACCUUGUCUUCCACCUCCUGAUAUCACCCAUGGAUCCCAUACUGGUCAGGGUGAAGAGUUUUUCUUUGGCUCAGCAGUAAUUUACAAAUGUGACCAGGGCUUCUCCCUUAUUGGAAAUGCCUCCAUUCAUUGUACAACGAAAGAUAAUAAUGGAGAGUGGAGUGGGCCUGCCCCUGAAUGCAAAGUGGUCAAGUGUCCAGAACCAGAAGUCAAAAAUGGAAAAAAGCAAUCUGGGUUUGGGCCUAACUAUUCAUAUGGAAACAUCGUAAUAUUUGAAUGUGAUUCUGGCUACACUCUGAAUAGUAGCAGUUCAGUUAAAUGUGAAGCUAACAAUUCAUGGGUUCCAUCUUUGCCUACCUGUCUCCGUGUAACAUACACUACUACAACAACAACGUCCUCUCCAGGAGGAACGACAGAUACGUCUGGGUCGAACGCUGGUAUCAUGAUUGCUAUUGGAAAGAUGCCUGUCAUUCUGGCAGUGCUGAUUACUAAUUUGUUCAUCAGACAAUGAACAUGAUAUUGGAAGAAAAUGGAAAAAUUGAGGGGAAACCUCAUAUGAUUGCACUAAACUUCUCGCAUGAUCCCAGAUUCCUCUCACUACAGUUGUAUUCAGCGUUGUGGAUUUUGCUGUUGCAAGCAAGAACCUAUUGAGAUUUCUGUUUGGAGGUUUCUAUCUUGAAGUACUUAUCCCUUUUAAAAUACAGAUUCAUGAUGCCAAAGAUACUCAUUGAACUGCUGUAGGCUUUUGUUAAUUCAAAUCUAUCCUCUGUUAAAUCAGAUUUCCAGAAUGAGUGUUCCUUUGCUCUCAUGUCCAGGAAACUCCAAAAACAAUAACAAAAAACAACCCCAACUGUUCUUACCCCAAGUCUUGUGUUCAGUGUGGCAUCCCAGAGUGAAGUGUAUGGAUGUGUGUAAGACUCAAGUGUUCAGUGUCCACACUAUCAAAUUUGUUAAGCUUGUACCGAGAGCCAAAAUAACUUACCUGUUUCCUUAUGAGCACUUUCUGAUAAGCAAGCAGUAAAAUGGUUAUACUUGUGAGCAAAUUCUUCUGUAAUCCAUCCCUAAAUGAAAUGUCUUUAUAUUUCAGUACUUGAAAAUAAGUUUGGUAGCAUUUAAAGCAAACUUAUUACAUUCAGGAAAUUCUCUGCUGUGAGAAGGUGUUCAUCACCAAAUACUGUUUUGUCAUAACUGAAAACAUAAUUUAUUUGUAUUUAUACAAGUUGUACAGAAUUUUACUUGGCAAUCUGCAUAUUUAUCAUAUGAAAACUGGAAUUUCUCUGUUGUACUUAAGUCAUUUCUCUGAAUAAAAGGAAUAUGUUACAAAGACUA